GACAGGCCGUGUCAGUACGCAUGCGCGAUGAACUUGUGCGCAGCAGACGAUUUUUUUUUGAAAAAGGAAAGUCUAGCAGACGACAUUUCAGAGUUGAUCGUGGCUAGGGCACUUGAACCCAGUUGAGUGCUCGAGUGACAUUAGACCAACCCGCAACCACUGAAGCUAGAAGCUCGGGACAGUCGAGCUUCUCUCCUUUUCCAACCUGUGGCACGCAGUAAUCGCCACCAUUCUGUACCUCAGGCGGACGUGGGGGUCUCGUAUGAGCUCCCACCUCCCCAGCUUCCACUUGCAGCGCAGAAUGGAGGCAAUGUGGCCUUUGAGGAAAGGAUCCCAGCCUCAACAUGAGCAAUUAGAGGAUGAAAAAUCAAAAGAUGACUAUGAUGUUGAACGAUGCUUGAAACUAGUAAUGAUGGAUUUCAACACUGAAGAGCCAUUAGAUGAUUUGAAGAGUGUUCGAGUCCACACCCCUAUGAUCCUGAAAUGCAAGGAUAAAACAAAGUUUUCUCAUUUUAACCACGGACAAAAGCACAAUCAAAAGAAAUGUGCCAAAUGUACAAGACUGUACUAUGUUGUCAACAUUCUUGUUGAGGGUUGUCUCAUGGCUUUGGUGAGACAAAGCUUAGAACAUGUUGAUCUACUCAUUACAAAAAUGGAGCUGAAAGGUGUAACAGACCGUGCAACCUUCCACCAAUAUUUGCAACAUGGUUUGACUCUUUCAGACAAAGUGGAAAAUUUUUACCAACACCAAGAUCGAAUGUACAAUGCCUUCAAGGUUUGUGCUCGUAUGCGGCAUUCCAAAACUGCUCAAGACCUAAUAAAACAGGGUUUUGAACUUUUGAAUGAGAUGAGAGAGCUCAAUAACAAAUACCAGGUAUCUAUUGAUAACUUCUGUAACCUCAUGGCCGAAAAUGCAGGCGUGCCAGUCGAAGUGCAUUAAAAUAUCAAGCAAGCUUUGCUUCUCAUUUGAGUCAAAAAAUAUAUGGAACAUUUUAUUGAAGGUCUCAGCAAAGAAAAAGUCAUUAUUGUCAUUAUUGUUAUUCCAGUGUUUUUACUCAUUAUGCCUUCUUGCAUUUCUCAAUUUCUCUUAGAAUGUUCCGAUAAGAUUCUAAGAUCAGUAUGUGCUAUUUAUGAUAUCACUUGUUUAUCUUAUCUGAUGGCAAUUUGCUUCAUGGGCUUUAAACUUUUAUCCCAUUCUGUUCAGAUUCCAGUUAACAGUAUUUGUAAUUUUAGGGAAAGUGAUCUCUUAUUGUUCUACAACUCUUGUGUAUUAUUGUACCGGUAAGUGCUUUACUGAAAGAGAGGGAGUGGGUUCUAAUUGUGCUUUUAACAAAGUAACUCUCAAUCUCAAAUAAUUUUUACCUCUCAAAACAGUUAAAGUAAGCUUGAUCAAUCUGAUAGACAAUUUUCUAGUUUAGGUCCUAUUUUACCUUUUUAAUCUUAUUGUUUAACUUGGUACCAAAAGUCCUCGUCAUUUUCUAUCUAGGAUUCCCUUACAUAAAUCCAAUAAAUUCCUUUUUCUUGGCCAAAAUCAAAUGUAUCUCUGUGAUACAUUUAAACAAAAAGCUUAAGGCCUUUUUUAGAGUGAUUUCUCUCUGCUAUUUGUAAAGUUUAAGAGAAAGAAAUAUGGAAGAAGCCCCAAAAAUUGCGGAUUGAGUUUUUAUUAAGUUCAGUUCUUUUUUCCCACUUUGUUGUUCUGUUGUACUGUUUGUUGCCUUGAACAAAAAAUAAUUAGGGGCUACUUGUUAGGCUUAAUCUUGAUGCUGAACAGUUUUCCAGCUCUACUGUCUUCCUCAUUGAUUUCUAUGUGUAAAUUUUCAGGAAAAUUAUUCCUUGAUUUGAAAUAGACUGUAGUUUGUAAUGUGAAAAUCACUUUCGGAAAUGGUUUGGGAAGUAAACGUUAUGUGUAUGAACCUGUAGGUUGACAAGGCUUAUUAAAAUCAUAUACGUAGUUGUAUGGGGUUGUUAUGUAUACUGACUUUUCUGGCAGCCUGUUGUGAUAUGUAUUUUUGUGAUCCCCAAAUAGUAUCUUUGUUUCUAAAAAUAUUGCUCUAUUUUCUUGGAAUUUAUACUUUAAGUAGUAAUAUAUAGAAAUAUAUCAUUAGUUGGCUGUUGAAGUUGCUGUUGUUUUUUUGAAAAUAUGAUCAUUUUGAGGUAAGGCUUUCCUUGUCGAUGUCGAUGUUAUUAGUGUAAUUAUGUGUAGUGACAAUCCUCAGUGCCAAUGUAAAUUCUAAUUACUUUGUUGCGGAAUAUGUUGAAGCACAACUGAGUUUUUCGUGAGGCGGCAAUAUCUUACCAAUUAUUGUUUAUCUUGUGUAUUAAUUAUUUCUUUUUUUAAUUUCCGGUUUUUGAAACCUAUAGUGUUGUUCGAUUUUAGCUUUGAAUUGAUCAUCUGCAAACAUAUUUGGUUGUUUGCUGUUAUUUCUAUUUAAUUUGUUUAGUGCCUUAUCGAGAAAUAAGGAUUGGAAGACUUUGUGGGUAAGAAAUCAUAGCAAUGUGAUUUAUGUAUAAGUUGUGAUGGUGAAUGAUUUAAAUUUAUGUGCAAUGUCAGCGAGAGUGAACUAUGAUGACAGCUUACCAUUUCUAUAGCAGUCUCAUAGCUUUCCUCUUCGCACCAUCUGGCUGAAAAUUUGGUAUUCUGGCUGAUAUGUUGGUAUUGUUUUGGAUAGUUUGUGCAGGCUGUGACUUAAAUUAUGUAUUCAGAAAAAUACUCUAAAAUUGACGGGCUGCUGUCCCUAUUUGUCAGUUGUUCAGAAAUUCAUGGUGUUUUACAAAAUGUUUGGAUUGAAUCUAACGCCAUCUUUAAACAAAAUGUGAUGAUUGUCCUAUUUUGUGAAACCACAAUAGUUCCUAAUAGAACUUAUGUAGGAUCACAAAGUACAUGUAUGUUCCAAUAUUUGCUGUUUCUUUUGUUAGUUAGUAGCAGUUCAUCUAUAAGUGAGUAUUGCAUGUUGGUUCUGCUUUGUAUAGCACACGGAAUAUGAAUCUUUACUUCUGUGAAUCUACUUAUUAUCCUAGAAAUUUUACUAUUCUCUAUCCAUAGUCUUUCAUUUUACUGUGUGAAAAUAAAUAGUUGUCAAUCAA